CUCGAGCCCAUCCUCCUGAGCGAGCUGAGCGCGGCCGUGGCCGAGAGGCGCUGACGGGCGAGAGAGAGAAGCUCCAGUUAACCGCUGCCAGCCGCCGAGCACACACUCCGCGCUGAGAUGAAGCACGGUCCGGCGCGCGCUUUGGAUUAAAGACAAGCGGAAACUUUUCUGUAGAUUUGUUUUAAAGCAUGGCCGUACCCGAGACAGAGUAGAUAGAGUAGAGUAGAGGCGCACAUCAGCAGCAGUCGCACGGACCCGUCUCCUCCGCUCGCUGCAGCUAGAUGCACACACACGGCCAGUUAUGAACCAGAGCCGACUGCAGCACUUCCACACAGCAGCGAGCCGUUUAAACCGAGCAGCCUCGAGAGACGCCUGACUUUCCCUCUCCCCGCGCGCGCGUUCCUCCGUCUCCAGUCGCGAGCAAGCGGUCUCAGGUCCUGCAGUAGUUAAUUAACUAGCUAUGGCGGGGAAAGUGACAUCGCAAGGCACGGGAAUACUGCUGGCCACAGCCAACGUUGGAUCUCUCUUCGAGGAUCCAACAAACCUGCAGAAGACAUGGCUGAGGGAAUUCUAUCAGACGGUGCACACACACAAACCACACUUUGUGGCAUUACACUGUCAAGAAGUGGGUGGGAAGAAUUACGAAGAAUCAAUGGCACAUGUGGACAGCUUCGUGAAAGAGUUACUAUCCAGCGAUGCUAUGAAGGAGUUCAACAGAGCGCGUGUCUACCUCGACGAGAACUACAAGUCCCAGGAGCAUUUCACAGCACUAGGAAGUUGCUACUUUGUACAUGAAUCCUUGAAAAACCUCCACCAGUUUGAUUUCAAAGCCAAGAAGUUCAAGAAGGUGGCUGGCAAGGAGAUCUACUCGGACACUUUAGAAAGCACUUCCAUGCUGGAGAAAGAGAAGUUCCCUCAAGACUACUUUCCUGAGUGCAAAUGGUCCAGAAAAGGCUUCAUCAGGACUCGCUGGGCUCUGGGAGACUGUGCCUUUGACCUGGUGAAUAUUCACUUGUUCCAUGAUGCCUCCAACCUGGUGGCCUGGGAGAACAGCCCCUCUGUCUACACAGGCACGCGACAGAAAGCUCUCGGCUACGUGCUGGACAGGAUCACAGACCAGCGUUACGAGAGGGUGCCAUAUUUUCUAUUUGGCGAUUUUAACUUCAGGCUGGACUCAAAGCAAGUUAUAGAGAGUCUGUGCUCCACAGCCACCAUGCAGACAGUCCGAGCUGAGGACACCAACGAGGUGGACAAACUCAUAUUCCGAGAGUCGGACAAUGACCGCAAGGUUGUGCUGCAACUCGAAAAGAAGAUUUUUAACUAUAUUAACCAGGAUGUUUUCCGGGAAAACAAUGGAACGCUGCUAUUAGAGUUUGACAAAGAGCUGUCUGUCUUUAAGGAUCGUCUACAAGAGCUGGAGAUUUCCUUUCCUCCCAGCUAUCCAUACAGCGAGGACUCCAAUCAGGGGAAGCAGUACAUGAAUACGCGAUGUCCUGCCUGGUGUGACCGCAUCCUCAUGUCCAGUUCUGCGAGAGAUCUGGUCUUAAAGCCAGAGACUGACGAGAAAUCAAUAACAUAUGACAAUAUUGGAGCAAAUGUCUGUAUGGGGGACCACAAGCCUGUUUUCCUGUCCUUUCGAUUAACAGCAGGGGCAGGUAAACCUAAUGCACAUAAGCACAAGUGUUGUAUCGUGCAGUGAUGUGGGACGUGGUGCCAAAGGGUGGAGAGGAUUUCCCGACAAGCGCCCCUGUGAGAAACUGAGACAGCUGGACAGACAGACAGACAGACACUCACACACUCACUCACUCAGUCGUUCACAGAAGACCCAGAUAAGACUUUUCAGCAGGACUGACCAGUCGUAGUGAAACAAGUGCAUGCCGUCACGCUCCUACAAAUGGCAGAUUGUGUACACGAGUUCUUCAAGACCCACAAUCAAGAACACUUAUAGCACAUCACACACACACACACACACUCAUACAUUCAUUCACACUGCUAAUGCCUCUCUCAAUUUGGCACACUCUCUUGAUGGACAAUCACCCCUCCAACUCCCAUGGCCCCUCUUUCUCUCUCUCUCAAAAAAAAAAGCCAAGACAACACAAAGGACAAGUCUUUUUACGUGUUCUAGCCUUGUUGCCAAAACUCUAAUAGAAAUUAAGAAGUACUACAUAUUUUAAAGACCAUACUUGCAAUUUUAGGUAUGCCUCUGCAUUAUAGAAGCUACUUCCAUAUCAUGUGUAAGAUGUUUUAAAAAAAAAGUGCAAUGCAAAAAAAGUUGUUGUAUAUGUAUAGUGUUAGGUUUAUUUGUACAUUGGAUUAUUAUUACAUAGUGGUGUUGAUGGUUUUAGUGCUGUUUUUCUUUCUCUUUGACCAGAUUUUGUGGUCAGUCGCUCUGUGUUAGUAUAGAUAGGUAUUUUCAGUUCAUUUCAAUGCAUUGCAUUAUUUCUUUACUCUCUCUCUUUGUUUUUUUCUUUUUCUUUCAGAUGAUUUGAUUUGUUGCUGACUCGUGUGCGUAACACACACUGCCAUGCCUUUGACAUCCACCGAGUCUCAUUUUAUAAACUGUACUUUUUAAACGAGAUAAUUUAUAAUUCUUACCAAAAUUGUUAUGCUGAAAUAUGAAUGCGAGACAACU